AUGCUCUCCACUCUACGCCAUUCCACCCGCACGGCCUUGACCACCUGCACCUGUCAACCCUCCGUCCGCACAGCAGCCACCGCGUCCCAGCAAAAGCGUGCAGGCGACAUAUCCGAUGCGUUCGUCUCCCUCAGCGGUCAAGAUUUCAAACCGCUCCCUCCCCGCUAUGCAGACCUCAAGGCCUCCCUGAUCCGCGGCAACGAAGAUGCUGUUCGAGCGUCCUGGGAGCGCCUGCUGAGAGAGCUACGCCAUGAUAUACCCGAAAUAGUAGAGACCGGCAGUGCUAUAGUGCCGGAAGUCAACUUCAGCGAUAUCCGCUCCAACAAUGUCAGCGACGCCUUCAAGCAAGCGCACCGCAAGCGCGGCGUCGCUGUGGUCAGGGGCGUGGUACCCGAGCAGGAGGCGCUGGACUGGAAGCAGCAGCUGAGGGAAUACAUCCACGCAAACCCGCACACCAAGGCUUUCCCGGCGGACAAACCGCAGGUCUUCGAGCUGUACUGGUCGCCCACCCAGAUGCGCGCGCGCACGCACCCGAACCUGCUAGCGGCGCAGAAGUUCCUGAUGUCGUUCUGGCACUCUAAAGACCCCAGCGCGCCCAUAAGCACCCAACACCCGACCUCCUACGCUGACCGCCUCCGCAUGCGGCUCCCGGGCGACGCAAAAUUCGCCCUCGGCCCGCAUGUUGACGGCGGCUCCGUCGAGCGCUGGGAGCCCGACGGCUACGGCCGCGGCAGAGUCUACGACUCCAUCUGGGCCGGCCGCUGGGAAGACUUUGACCCCUGGGAGGCGUCCUGCCGGCUGCCCGUCGUCAGCGACAUGUACCAGGGCGUCGGUGCCUGCAGCAUGUUCCGCAUGUACCAGGGCUGGCUGUCCCUCAGCAGCACUGGUCCCUUUGAGGGGACGCUGCUCGUGAAUCCACUGCUCGCCAAGGCGACGGUGUACUUCCUACUGCGGCCCUUCUUCGCGCCCAAGCGCGGUCCUGAGGCCUUCGGCGGCGCCUCGGAAGGCUUCCUGAGUCCAGACAACUGGGCGCUGGAGCCUCAGCCGAGCACAAACAUCCAGGGCGCAACGCCCGGCCACGGCCAGGAGCUGAGCGCACUGUUACACCCGCACCUCGACCUCGAGCGGAGCAUGGUGCACGUCCCGCGCGUGCAGCCGGGCGACUACGUGGCCUGGCACUGCGACACCAUCCACGCGGUCGACAAGAAGCAUGGCGGGACGGCCGACAGCUCGGUCAUGUACAUUCCCACCUGUCCGCUUACGGAGCCGAAUGCGGCGUUUGUGGCGAGGCAGCGCGCCGCGUUCCUCGAGGGCACCCCGUGUCCUGACUUUGGCGGCGGGGAGGGCGAGAAGAGGCAUGUAGGGCGGCCGGUUAUCAAAGAUGUGGCGGAGUAUGCGGACAAGGAGGGGAUGAGGGCGCUCGGGUUGGCGGAGUGGGAUAGUGGGGAGGAGGGGCUGACGCAGGGGCAGAAGGAGGUGAUGGAUCGGGCGAACAAGGUGCUGGGGUUUUAUGUGUGA